GAGAGAGAGAGAGAGAGAGAGAGAGAGAGAGAGUGAGAGCACGUGGAAAAACAGACAGCUCUGCCUUCUGGGUUGUCCUGUUGUGAUCCUAUGGCGAAGUCAUAGAGAAGUGGAGGACUUGUGGGAUGAGCCGACUACUCAACAGGUGGUGGAGAUGAAGGCGGCUUGUGGUUUGACAGUGAAUAAGAGGAUUGCCAUCUCUUCAAAACGCAAAAGGUUGUCGGUUGAAGGUGGUUGGUUAUUCAUCCUGAAGUUUUUCCAGCCACACAUCAUGGGAUGCUCAUCCUUCAUCAGUCUCUGGUUAUGGAUCCCCCCCUCUCUCUCGUGCGUGUGGGCGUGAUGAAGUCGCAAACAGCUCUUUGAUUCCCUGAGUCUGAAAGUGAGCAUGUCGCCGAGUCUUAGUCAGGUUCUCUGGUUCGCUCUUUGGUUGACUGCAGUUCGAACUACCACUGAACUGGAAGUACAAAAUGUUGCAUGCCGUUAUGCACUCACCCUCUUUUGAAGCCCUGGUUGGUGGGGGAAGGGGGUGGUGGUUACCCUUGAUGCAGUGGACUUUGAAAACGGUUUGUUGGGAGCUGUGGACGUGAACACGAUGUCCAUAGACUCGGCGUAGAUUUGAUGGCUGAUUCUCUGACUGCAGAGCCCCACAUCGGAUGCCAUCGGUAGGUAGGCGUUCUGUGCCACUUGGCUUAUGGAUUGGAUGGACCUCUUCUGAGGCAUGGAGGGUGGACGGUAUGANCCCACAUCGGAUGCCAUCGGUAGGUAGGCGUUCUGUGCCACUUGGCUUAUGGAUUGGAUGGACCUCUUCUGAGGCAUGGAGGGUGGACGGUAUGAUCUCAGAUUAUGACGUCGAAGGACUAGUAAGGAGUUGCACAUUCUUUUGGUUGGGGGCAGACUUGGCGGAGUACAAAGUGCACCAAUCAUCAGUGGUGAAAGGCUUGCCGAUACCUUUUGUACUUAAUUUGUACUAUAUAUACGUUGUCACAGAGAGCUGCACAGCGAAAUGGAGUGAAGGACAAGAAAUGGGGGGCUGUGACCUACUGUUUUGUCAGACUUUAACUGAUGAUAUACUGUACAAAUCGAAAACUGGCUGACAACUUUGGCCUUUUUUUCGUCUUCGUUUUUUAUGGGUUGAGAAUUACAGCUCGCUGGAGGAAUUGACUGGCUGACAACUUUUACAGAUGGAUUUGUCCUUCUUGUUUUGGGCUGAGAAUGACAGCAAGCAGUUGAAAGGGUAGAGAUCCGGUGGAAAUCUUCGGCAAAUCGUGAAGACAGAUGAUGAUGUCUCCUCGUUCGCUAAGCAGAUGGCUGACAAGGGGGUUCGGCAGGAAGUGAGCAGCUGCAUCAUAUGCUGACAGGAAUGUGAUCGCAGUUGGCGGUUGAAAGGCAAGAAAUCUGCCGGAAAUCUUCAGCACAUCGUAAAGACAGGUGAUGAUGUCUCCUGGUUCGCUAGCAGAUGGUGGAUAAGGGGGUCGCCAGGAAGUGAGCAGCGGCGUCAUAUGCUGACAGGAAUGUGAUCGCAGUUGGCGGUUGAAAAGGAAGAGAUCUGUCGGAAAUCUUCUGCACAUCUUGAAGACAGAUGAUGAUGACUCCUCAUUCGCUAAGCAGAUGGUGGACAAGGGUGGUGGGAAGCUAUUGAGCGACUGCGUCAUAUGCUGAUGAUCGCAGUUGGCCUCUGAGGGUGGCGGUGGAGGUCCUGCAAGAGGUUGUUGCCUGGGGUGGAAAACCUUGGUAAAAAUCGUUAACCGAGGCGAAUGUACCUAUUAAUGUGUAUCAUACUGUGUUCAUUAUGUGGUAAACAAGAAGUGUCCGCGUGGCUCGCCCGUGUGAAAAAAGAGUAUGGUCGAUGAGAAGUUCAGUGGGAGAGGGAGGAUAAGGGCAGGUGUGGGAUAAAAAAUGUAACAGGAAACCACACAGUUCAAGGUGAUGUCUGAGGGCAGUAAUGGAUGGUCUGAGGCAGUUAUCUGACCUGCAUUCGAGCAUAAUAGGUAAGUAAGGCCAGACAAAUAAGGAACCCUUGUUUCAGCUGGGGAAGAAAAUUAGGAAAUCAAGAAGGUGAAGCAAGCGAAGGGAAGGAAUUUGGAAAAAGGACAGCUGACCUGGACCAUGAUUGUUAUCGAGUUUGGAAAUGCCAGAGUAACAGUGAAUGACAAUGAUGAGGAGCAAUUCUUUUGCACAGAAAAGGAAGGUGGACCAGCACCACUUCAGUCACACAAAACGAGGAGUAGGGAAAAUAAACUAACCAUAAGGAGAAGGCGGCGUUGGGUAUUCUUAGGAUGUAUGGCUUCAGAACCGGUAGUAAAAAAGUUUGCAUGUGUCCGAAAUAAAUACAGCAUUGCCUAGUGCACGUUGGGAAUAUGUGUCUGAGGGACUGACAAAGAAAUGAAUAUUGUGGAAGGGUGGCCCCCAAAAUGUAUACAUAGGAACAGGGACGCAAAAUUGCCAAAAGCAGACAUGAAUGGAAGGCAUUUUUGGUAUCAUUCCACGAUAAAUUAAAACGUAACAA